CCUUCAAAAGGUACGUUUUUGUCACCUAUUCUUUGGCAUUUAAUUAAAUCUUGUGUGGGAUAACUGUUUUUGGUUAAAUCGCUUGUUAUUGCAACGUGUUUGAAACAUUCAGUUUGAAUUUUUCCCUCUUCCUCUGUGUAAAACUUAGUCAUGUGAUAAUCACGUGACAUUUAUUGAACAAAAUGGUGGACGUAUAGUAAACAAAUACCCAGGCCUAUGUGAUAUUUUUACAAGAUAGCGAUGUCACGGCUCAGUUUUGGUAGUGAUGUCAGGGAAAAUGAGCACGCUUCCCUUCUCUAUGGAGAGAACGGAGACAUCAUUGACUCUAUUUCUUUGACGACGGAGAAGAAGGGCGUGACAUCCCGUUUAGCCUUCGCCAUUUUAUCAUCUAUCCUUGGUUCUUCUUUCAUCGUUGGGUUCAAUUCUGGUGUCAUCAAUGAACCGUCUGAGGUGAUCCAAGACUUCUACAACAGCACAUACUACAACAGAAAUGGAGAAUACAUGUCCUCCUCCCUUCUUACUCUCCUUUGGUCAUUCACUGUGUCCAUCUUCGCCAUCGGGGGCAUGAUAGGGGGACUAUCAGGAGGCUAUCUGGCCAACAGAUUUGGGAGGAAAGGUGGCCUUUUAAGGAACAAUUUUCUGAACUUGGUUGCAAGUGGCUUGCUCAUAUCCUCCAAGUUUGCCAAAUCAUAUGAAAUGCUCAUAGCUGGAAGGUUUGUGGCUGGACUUUGUUGUGGUAUAAACACAGCCAUAGUGCCCCUGUACCUGUCGGAGACAGCCCCGACCUCUAUUCGGGGAUUAUCAGGAACGUUUAAUCAACUAGCCAUCUGUUCUGGGACCCUCGUCUCCGAGAUUCUGGGUCUGGAACAUGUACUUGCCAGGGCGGAAACAUGGAAUUAUUUGCUGGGAUGCACACUUGUACCGAUGGUCUUCCAGUUACUCACUCUCACCUGGUGUCCAGAAAGUCCACGAUACCUUAUGAUAAACAAGGGCAAUGAGGACAUGGCAGAAAAAGCUUUGAUAUGGCUGAGAAAAGACAUUGAUGUCAGUGAUGAGAUCGAAGAAAUGAGAACCGAGAUGGAAAAGGCACAAAGGGCAGAAGAGUUCCACUUCACAGACUUGUUUAAGCGCCGAGAACUCCUCACCCCGCUGAUUAUAAGCCUGGUCCUACAGCUGUCUCAGCAGUUCAGUGGUAUCAAUGCUGUCAUAUUUUAUUCCACUCUGAUAUUUGAGAGUGCUGGGCUGAGCCAGCUCAAUGCGCAGUAUGCGACACUAGGCACAGGAGCUGUGAAUGUUGCCAUGACGUUUGUUUCGGCUAACAUCAUGGACAAGCUUGGUCGGCGGACCCUACACUUGAUUGGCCUCGGAGGGAUGUUACUGUUCAGUGUUGUCCUCUCAAUGGCCCUCAUCUUCAGGGACGAUGCUCCGUGGCUGUCAUAUGUCAGUAUUGUUGCAGUAAUGGGAUACAUCGUCUCCUUCGCCACAGGCCCAGGGUCUAUACCAUGGUUUUAUGUAGCCGAAUUAUUUGCUCAGGGACCAAGGUCAGCUGCGGUCAGUUUGUCUGUACUGACCAACUGGCUGGCAAACUUCACCGUUGGACUUUCAUACCCAGAAAUUCAUACUGCCAUCGCGGAUUAUUCCUUUUUCCCCUUCAUCGGAAUGCUGGUAUUUUUCUGGUUAUUCACCUUUUUUAAAGUUCCAGAGACCAAAGGAAAGACUAUUGACGAAAUAACAUCGUCAUUUAAGUCUGACCUUCACAUACAGAGUCCUGAUUCACGCCUGUAUACACGACUACCAGGGGGGAAUUACUCCUCUUGAUUAACACUGUAUGUUGGUGUACCAAAGCCACUGUGAUAGUUUGUAUGAUAUUAUUUUUAACAAAAACAUUGUAAUCAAUUUUUGACAUUUGCAAAUGAGUAUUGGGAUAACGCUUUCAUUCACAAAACAUUAUUCUUGAUUUCAAGUAUUACUGCCAUAAUCGUGUCUGAAGAAAAUACUUGAUGUGAUUAGCCUUCGAUGUGAUUAGCCUAUGUGCAAUAUUGUACCGUGUGCUUUCAAUAUUACGAAACAUAUCUACACUAUUAUCCCACAUACUUAGGGAGAUGUAAUAUGUACGAUACCGGUGUGCAUACUAAGGGUUGUGUUUAAAGUAAUAUGUGUGAUACAUGUGUGUUAGACAGCUAUUAGGUGAACUUUUAUGAAUUCAAAAGAAUGAACACUCAGGAAAAACCAUGUUUAUGACUGAGACCUAACGAAGAUAUUACAUUAGUUGGCAAUUCGUCUGGGACCGUUUCAUCACGUAUGAUACUGUAUGACAAUAGCUCGACUGGCCAGCAUUCCUUAUUGUACACUCAAGUUUUAACUUAUCAUUAAAUGAAUAAUACUUAAGUUUUUACAGAAGCGAUUCUUAUCUUUUGUGUAGCGUUGAACUUGUUUAUUUCUAAUUGUGUAUAAUUAUCAUACAUCAUAAGUGCAGCAGUUUAUACAUAUAGCUGUGAUAAAUUUGUGUUUCAGUGAUUGGUUGUAAUUAGGUCACAUGGUAUUCAACCUGUCCAAUACAUCUGAUCCUGUUGGCCAUUGCAUUGGUUCCCAGCGAUUUUUUGUUCAGACAUAUUCUAAUGAUUAUUAAUAUUAAUUUCUUUAACAUACAAAUCUGAUCCUAGUUGUGGUUUAAAGAUUAAUAGAACCUCUUGCCCCUGUGUGAUGUAGCAGAUAUCUCUUCCAGGGUGUUAGUUUAGAAGUGUAGCAUCAGGUUAAUUUACAGUUGGUGCUAAACCAAAAAUCUUAUUCCGAGUGUUGAAGGUGCUCUGUCCACAUCACACUCGGGCAACUGUUAUUUUCCUCCCACAAAAUUAAAUACAGCAAAUUAUAAUUGUGAACCCAAUGGUUCUUGAAACAUAUGUAAAGAUUUAUUGACAGAUUUCCCCCUACAUUGAAGGUGUGGCCGAAAAAUGUCCAACCCUUGGGUUGAUAUUGUUAGUUGUCUAACCCAAGGCUCUGUCUCGACAGACAGUUAACAAUAUCCCCCCAAAAGGACUUGGAGAUUUCUUUGUCACACCCUCCAGGUUAGGGAUAUCUAUUUUUCUCCCAUCAUUCGAUUUUAUUCAUGCAGAAUCUAGUUGUUCAAAUAUUUAAAAACAAUUAUACUGCAAAACAAUAUUGAUGUGAUGUGAUUGAAUUUUCGACGUGACAUCACUUGUUGCCUGCAGGUGCAAUCUGCCAUACCCUAAGGGUUGACAGAAAGGUUGACUCUGUGAACCCAUGCAGAUGGGAGAAAAUGUUAUCAUAUUGUGACUAAGUUUACACUGUAUGAAGUGGUAAAAAUCUUUUGUGAAUGAUGACAUUAUUUACAACUUUAUUACAAGGAUUUAUUAUUUGAAAAGUUGAAAUUAAUGAAAAUGAACACAAUUUAAGUUAUAAUUAGUUUUAUUACCAGAAUAUAUGUGUAUAAGAUGUAAAUGCAGACACAGAAAAAUAUUGUAGACGACACAUUUCAGCAAGAACCAGCUUGCAGUGUAUAAACUAGUAACAGACUACAACAUCAUGUCUGCUGUUCUAACUAUGGCCUAGGGUAGACCACUAACCUAUGUUUAUGUCACCAUAACAAAUAUUACAGCAGUUUUCAAAAUCUUAUCUCCAAAUUUAUUUUGUAGAUUUAUAAAAAUAUAACUGAAAAAUGUACAACACUUACUUUUCAUUAAACUUUUUUGUUUUUGUUUUCUGCCAGGAUGCUUAUUUUGAGGGACUUUCUAGAAAUAUGUCCAGAAAUAUGUUAAUAUAUUUCCUUUUUUGAAAUUGAAAUUCUUUUUUGAAAUUGAAAUUCUUUUCUGUAAACAUUGAAGCAUCAGUAGAAUCUGUAGAUUUGACAGUAAUGCUUGAGUUCUGUAAUGUCUCAUAUACAACUGUAAAGGGAUAUAGGUAAACUAACGAAUCACAAACUUGAUCUGAUAUUGGUAAUGAGACAUUUAAAACAAAAUCGAUCACCAUUAUAAAAUGAUUAACACCGUAUUAUGGUAAAGAGAUCGCUCCAUCUAAUCCCUUCUGAUCAACUGACCGUUAUCGCUCCAUUUUCUGAGGGAUAUGAGAUCCAUUUUCAACUGAAAUUAUUUCAUAUUUAAACCGAAUUCCCAAAAUUUGCAGUAAAAUUUCUUUCCCAAUUCAAUUUGCCAAUUUUCUUCCCAAAUUGAGACAAAAAGGCCCCAUUCCAAACAAAUAAAAAAAA